AUGUACAGAUUCCUGUGGAUCGUUCCGCUGUUUGCUUGCGUGGUCUGGUGGGGCAUGCUCAUUGCUCUGCUGGCCGCAUGGGCAGCCCAGGGCAAACCCAUCUACGAUUUCAUGGACCCCGAUGACAAGGUGGCGUACAUCUCCGACGUGGGAGCCACCAGCCUGAAGCCCGUCUUCAUUGCCUGUGCCGCCACCCAAGGUGGUCUCUUCAUGUUUGCGCUCAUCUUUGAGCGAUGGAUGAGACACAAAGGUCGACUAUUGCGAAACCACCGCCAAGCGGAAAAGUGGCUGUCUGUGGGCGCCAUCAUCUUUGGCAUCCUGGGCCAGGUUGGUAUCAUUCUGGUCUCAAUCUUCGACACAAAGAACCACCACAGCGUCCACGUUGGUUGUCUUGUGCUCUUCAUUGUUGGCAUUGGUAUUUCUGCCAUUCUCAACUCGGCCGAAUUCACCCUUUUGGACCAGAACUACCCCGACGUGCGUCGGCUCAAAACCUCAUAUAUUUUGCGAUGGAUUUGGGUCGCUAUUGCCAUUGUGCUGGCGAUCAUCUUCGUUUCGUGUAACAAUCGAAACGAACCCAACGUGGCCGCUGGCUUUGAGUGGGCGCUGUCCUUCUUCUACGGUUUCUACCUGCUUAUUCUGGCGUUCGACCUCAUCCCCUUCAAGCGGUACCAGGAGCGAAACGCCAUGGCCACUGCUCCCCCCAUGGCGGAGUAUGGCUACGUGCAGCAACCCAAUGAUCCUGGCUACUCCCCCACCGUUGGAGGAGCAACAAUGGUGCCCCCACAGCAGCAGGACAAACCGUUUGAUGCAGCUUCUUACGCUACCGCCGCCGAUGGCUUUGCUGCAGCCCCCCCUAAUUACAAUGUCGCAAAGCCCGAGCCCUCGGCCAUGUAUCAUUAA